GGUAUCUUGCUGGAGAUCUCUGCAUAUCUGAGGCCUUCUAAGGAUGCUUCAGAAAAUUGCUGUUUGUUUACCACUGGUUCUGCCAACCAACUCAAGACGGGACCUAUCUACUGUUUCAUUAACCAAACACAAUAUUAUAUUGAACUAAUUAUUCCUCUCCACAUGGCCUUUCUUCUGGUGUCAGCUUAUCUUCUGCUGACUCAUACUCAGGGUGCUCCUGUCGAGAAUGGGGCACUGUUGGAAACACUGAAGUCACAGGUAGGAUUGUUCAGCAAUAAAAGUGAACACUAUUCAGCACAGGUGAGACCUCCUGGCACAAGCCGACGAAUACCUCAGACAAUUAUCAUUGGAGUUCGUAAAGGAGGGACAAGGGCUUUGCUGGAAAUGUUGGAUAUUCAUCCUAAUAUUGUUGUAGCAGCUACAGAAGUCCACUUUUUUGACUGGGAUGAAAAUUAUGUGAAAGGAAUAGACUGGUAUAGGAGUUUGAUGCCAUUUUCUUAUGGAAAUCAAAUCACUAUUGAGAAAACACCAGGCUAUUUUACAUCACCACAGGCUCCAGAAAGAAUUCAUGAUAUGAAUAGCUCCAUUAAGCUGCUGCUCAUUCUAAGAGAUCCCACUGAGAGAGUUAUAUCUGACUAUACCCAAGUAUAUUACAACAGAGUGGAAAGCCACAAGCCUGUUCAGCUUUUUGAAGAUAUUGUUAUUAAGAAUGGAGCACUUAAUACCAAAUACAAAGCUAUUCAGAGAAGUUUAUAUGAUGUUCAUAUGGAAAAGUGGCUUAAACAUUUCAGUUUGGAUCAGAUUCACAUAGUGGAUGGCAAUACUUUAAUCAAGGACCCUCUUCCUGAAUUACAAAAAGUUGAGAGAUUUCUGAAUCUUCCUUCCCGAAUUAUGUCUUCUAAUUUUUAUUUUAACCAAACUAAGGGAUUCUAUUGCAUUCGAAGUGAUGGAAGAGAGAGAUGUUUACAUGAAUCCAAAGGGCGACCCCAUCCUCUUGUUAACAACACUGUUUUAGAACAACUUUAUUCUUACUUCAAAGAGCACAAUGCAAAAUUUUACAGAAUGGUUAAUCAUUCUUUCGACUGGCAUUAAUGCAUUUGCAAUCAAUGUUACUUUAAAGGGGCCUGAAAUGAACUCUUUCAAGCAUAUCUUUGUAACAUGAAGAGAUUCAUAUUACGAGAACUUAACAUACUGGUUGUGUAGAAGCAGUGAUACGUUUGCUUUACUGGAUCAAGACAUCCAUCAACUCAUUAAAAUGCUAGCUUUUGUGUUGGGGAAAAAUAAGUUUCACAUAUUUGUAUGGUUACUCUGGGUCAUAUUCUGAUAUUUUUUCCCAUCAUGCAAAUCAUUCCCAUCAGAAUUUCAGUGAACUUAAUUCACAUACGAUGUUUUAGAAAAAUGACUGCUUUUAACAAUGUAAAAAUGUACGUAUUUGAAACUGUAUUGUUCUAACUGUUCUGUAUUUUUUUGUUCUUUGUAUUUUUUUUAUAGCGAGUAUGAGGAUAGUGACAUUGAUUUCUAAAAUUUUUCAUACAAUAGGUUAAAUUAUAUGUUAAAUGGGGGCAUACAUAGUGGCUCCAGUAAAUAAUUCAGCCUAUGUUAAUAUGUCAAAGCUUCCAAACAAUUAAUAAUAAAAGGAAUCUAUUUCACCUUUGAUUUUGAAUAGGUGAACUAGAAGAUCCUUGUUUGUACAUCAUUACCAUUAAAUCAUAGUCUUAAUAUCUUGGGUCUGAAAAAAAAAAUUCUCAAAAUAAUAAAGUAAGAAUAUAACUGUCUGAAGAAGUUUAGGAAGUAAGAGAUCUGAAUGUAAAGAAUUUAAAAGAUCCCAGGCAACCUCAAUUUACACCAUUAUUCUGUACACUAAAAUGCAAAAAAUGUGUUAAUAUCAGCACCUGUACAAAUGUUCGAUUAUAUAAAUUAUUUCUCUUUGCAUUUGGAUGAAAAAGAUAACUCCUUAUCACUGCUACCAUAUUAAUCAUAUUUGUAUUCUGUGACUAGUUAUUCUAUUUCUCUCCCAGCUUUAAGUAUCUCCAUUGGAACAGUGAUCCUUUUAAAUAAGAAAAACAUUCUUUUGCCUGCCCUUCAAAGCAUGGAGUAUUCUUUGUAAUUUCUAAUGCAGGUCAUGGGGGGUUCUCUAACUUAGAAGUAACAUCUUUUUAUAUUUGUAUAUCUCAAACAUUGCUCAGUAUACUAUGGAUGACAUACUCAGAUUAUAUAUAAAGUGACAUCCGGAAUAAG